AUGUCUCGCCAUGUGAGGGCCCGGCAGAUGUGCAACCAGCUGCUGAGUUCCAGCUCAGCAUCACCAUCGGCGGCACUCACAUUGUCAAGUUUACACGCUGUUCGCUCAGGGCAGCUCAUUUCUCACGAAACUUGUCAAACUCGUUCAUACGCUGCGCCGCGUACGCCGCGUGCACCGCGUGCGCCAAAGGUGGGGCCAUCAUUUGUCGAGGUCUACAAUCUUGAAGGCAUCACGCUGCAGACAUUUGAGGACGUGAUCAAGAUGUCUGGCUUGUUCGACAGUCUGCCCCCAGCGCAGUACUAUGAGGUUGCACGGAGAUUUGCCGAGGCGAUUCAGAAGGGCUCAUCUCCCUGGAGUGUUAGGCUAGCAGGACAAAAUGCCAUUUCCGCCCGCGUCUUGUAUGAUGUCGGCUGUAUCAUGAGACACAUCAGGGAGCCUAGAAGCUCGCAAUCAUUUGCCGUUGCAAUGUGGGCAUCCGCCACAGACAUGGGUCACCGUCCUGCCACCCUUUCCCUAGCCAGGCAACUCAUCCAUUCGCACGCCUGGGGCCAAAAGUUGCAAUUGAGAAAGGUCGAAACCCGGUUCAAGCAGUUGGUCUCCGAAGGGAAGGACCCCAAUGCCCUGACGGUUGAGGGCGAGAUGCUUUACGAGCUUGGGAAGCACGACGCCGCGGCCAAGAUCCUAAAACGGGCUCUCCUUCUCGACGGGGAGGAUUUUGAAUGGAAGUCCCAGUGCCAACUGUACCUUGGGAAGGCAUACGUGAAGCUUCAACGGCCUGCAGAAGCGAAAGAGGCAUUCCAGGCGAUACCGAGUUCUGGUUCCUCGGAGGCGGACGUUGAGCUUGGUCAACUGCUGCGGUCCAGCGACGUGGAGAAGGCAGAACAGCAUCUCUACGCCGCAGCCAUCAAUGGAAGACCGGAAAUGUUCCGCCAUCUCUCAGAGAUCGCCUUCGACAAUCAGACCAGAGCCACUGAUAAACAGACUAUGAAAGACCAUCAACUCUGGGCGAUGGAGUGGUCCCGCUUAGCGGACCCAAAGGAGCAAUUUUGA